AAAUAUGUGAACUUGGGCGACGAAAUGUUUUAGAAUACGACCCAAAGCCUCUGUACUAUUUUUGGCCUUAGAAUAACUGAUGUGAGAGCCAGAGACACCUAAGAAUGCCGACUUUAGAUUCUGGGGGUAAUAAUUAACUUGUUUCUCCGUCAGACUUCGUGCUUGCCAUAAAGUGAAAAAGUCACCCCUGUCGUUUAGCACCUAUCUUUAUGAGGCAACACUUCACUCUUAUAGUCAAGUUCUCCAUCGGUCAGUGUGUUGUAGAUAGCUAUGGGAUCAAUGGAGUUUAGUUAGAUAUACGUAUUAUGAAUCGUAGAGAGUGGAGAAAUACAUCAUCUAGGACACUGGGCCACAGAGUCAAGUCUAGCCCAUACAAAUAUCUCUUCGGUGGUUGUGAUGUAAGGAUGAUGAACGAAAGUAAUGGUUUGGUAAUGUGGAAAGAAGACCACCAGGAAGGCCAAGGAAGACGUGGAGAAGGGUGGUGGAGGAAGAUAUGAGGAUUCUGAACAUCACGGAAGAAAUGGCUAUGGACCGGCAACAGUGGAGGAGGCUCAUAUCCCGUCCAACCCCGCAAUAGGGAAUAAAUGGACGUUAAAUGAUGAUGAUGAUGAUGAUAAUGUGGAAAGAGUAGAGGAGUGCAAUGUCUCGGGAAAAAGUUAAUGUGUUGCAAGUUGAAUCCGAGAAAUUUCAGGUCCCUAUAGAGUUCAGUUUAGGGGCCGUGUUACAGGUCAAAUCCAAGAAGUUUCAGGUUCCUAUAGAGUUCAGUUUAGGGGCCGUGUUACAGGUCAAAUCCAAGAAGUUUCAGGUUCCUAUAGAGUUCAGUUUAGAGGCCGUGUUACAGGUCAAAUCCGAGAAGUUUCAGGUUCCUAUAGAGUUCAGUUUAGGGGCCGUGUUACAGGUCAAAUCCAAGAAGUUUCAGGUCCCUUUUGAGUUCAGUUUAGGGGCCGUGUUACAGGUCAAAUCCAAGAAGUUUCAGGUCCCUAUAGAGUUCAGUUUAGGGGCCGUGUUACAGGUCAAAUCCGAGAAGUUUCAGGUCCCUAUUGAGUUCAGUUUAGGGGCCGUGUUACAGGUCAAAUCCAAGAAGUUUCAGGUCCCUACAGAGUUCAGUUUAGGGGCCGUGUUACAGGUCAAAUCCGAGAAGUUUCAGGUUCCUAUAGAGUUCAGUUUAGGGGCCGUGUUACAGGUCAAAUCCAAGAAGUUUCAGGUUCCUAUAGAGUUCAGUUUAGGGGCCGUGUUACAGGUCAAAUCCGAGAAGUUUCAGGUUCCUAUAGAGUUCAGUUUAGGGGCCGUGUUACAGGUCAAAUCCGAGAAGUUUCAGGUCCCUAUAGAGUUCAGUUUAGGGGCCGUGUUACAGGUCAAAUCCGAGAAGUUUGAAGUCUCCACAAAGUUAUUUAUCCUGAACUCUGUGGGGACCCGAAACUUCUUGGAUUCAACUUGUAAUACGCCCCACAAAGUCAAGUCUAGUCCAUACAAAUAUCUCUUCUUUUUGGUGGUUGUGAUGUAAGGAUGAUGAACAGAAGGAAUGGUUUGGUUAUAUAGAAAGAGUAGAGGAGUACAAUGUCUCGGGCAAAAAGUUAACGUGUUUUAGUGUAGGAGAGAACUAAUAUCAGAGUUACGUUCUAAGGUUUAUUUAUUGACUAGACGUAAAUCCUUAACUUUUUUAGCUUCGAAUUCAACAUUAUUCCUGUAGCUAGUUGCCUUGUGUGCCUGUAUACAUGUUAUCCUGUGAAAGUUAACCAUCCUUUUAGACUAUGAUAUGUUUUACCAGGGGAGAAAUCUAAGCCUCAAGAGAGUAGUAUCCAUGUAGAUUGAGCCUCAACUUACCCAUAGAAAUAGAAAGAAUAGACGUGUGAAUAUAUAGGAAAGAGUAGGGUCAUGUUUUACUGGUGGAGAAAUCUAAGCCUCUCAAGAGUCGUAUCCAUGUAGAUUGAGCCGCAACUUACCCAUAGAAAUAGAAAAAAUAGACUUGUAUGAAUUUAUAGGAAAGGUUAAGUAGGGUCAUGUUUUACUGGGGGAGAAAUCUAUGCCUCAAGAGAGUAGUAUCCAUGUAGAUUGAGCCUCAACUUACCCAUAGAAAUAGAAAAAAUAGACUUGUAUGAAUUUAUAGGAAAGGUUAAGUAGGGUCAUGUUUUACUGGGGGAGAAAUCUAUGCCUCAAGAGAGUAGUAUCCAUGUAGAUUGAGCCUCAACUUACCCAUAGAAAUAGAAAAAAUAGAUGUGUGAAUAUAUAGGAAAGAGUAGGGUCAUGUUUUACUGGUGGAGAAAUCUAAGCCUCUGGAGAGUCGUAUCCAUGUAGAUUGAGCCUCAACUUACCCAUAGAAAUAGAAAAAAUAGACUUGUAUGAAUUUAUAGGAAAGGUUAAGUAGGGUCAUGUUUUACUGGGGGAGAAAUCUAUGCCUCAAGAGAGUAGUAUCCAUGUAGAUUGAGCCUCAACUUACCCAUAGAAAUAGAAAAAAUAGACGUAUGAAUUUAUAGGAAAGGUUAAGUAGGGUCAUGUUUUACUGGGGGAGAAAUCUAUGCCUCAAGAGAGUAGUAUCCAUGUAGAUUGAGCCUCAACUAACCCAUAGAAAUAGAAAAAAUAGACUUGUAUGAAUUUAUAGGAAAGGUUAAGUAGGGUCAUGUUUUACUGGGGGAGAAAUCUAAGCCUCUGGAGAGUCGUAUCCAUGUAGAUUGAGCCUCAACUUACCCAUAGAAAUAGAAAGAAUAGACUUGUGAAUAUAUAGGAAAGAGUAGGGUCAUGUUUUACUGGGGGAGAAAUCUAAGCCUCUCAAGAGUCGUAUCCAUGUAGAUGAGCCGCAACUUACCCAUAGAAAUAGAAAAAAUAGACUUGUGAAUAUAUAGGAAAGAGUAGGGUCAUGUUUUACUGGGGGAGAAAUCUAAGCCUCUCGAGAGUAGUAUCCAUGUAGAUUGAGCCUCAACUUACCCAAAGAAAUAGAAAAAAUAGACGUUUGUGAAUUUAUAGGAAAUGUUAAGUAGGGUUACCAGGGCUUGUUAUUGUUUAAAAAGAAAAUAUCGGCUUAAUGUUAUGCGAGGAACUCUCAGAAGUUUCCAUCUCAUCCGAAUAUCACAUGAUCUUCGAACCAGAUGGAAACUUCCGAGAGUUCCGUACGUAACAUUAAGCACACGAAACAACACCUGGAAAUAUAAAACAGCUCCAUUAGUUACCUCACCUUUGUGCCUUUUCCUAGGAGGGAUUUCUGGAGGGCCGUGCAAAGGGUUGUGGCUGUUUAUCUCCCAGCAUUUAUCUUUUUACUUCUCUCUGGUGUAAGGAAAUGACUCAAGGUUCUUAUGGUAUUAUUCACUUCUCUCAGUGGUGGCGGGUCAUUAGUGCAACUCUUGAUAAUCCUUUUCAUAAUCUGUUGUUGUGUAUCUUCUGAAAAACAACACAGUGGGAGUUUACGGUUCUCAAACUUUGCAUAUUCUGUGUUUCUGUAUCUAAAAUCAACACUAAGGGAUAUUUUAUGGUUCUCAAACUUGGUACAACUUUUAAUAAUCUUUUUCUUCUUUCUGUCCAUCUUUCUGUAUCUCCAAUAACAACACUCGGAUAUUACGGUUCUCAAACUUUGCAUAUUCUGUGUUUCUGUAUCUAAAAUCAACACUAAGGGAUAUUUUAUGGUUCUCAAACUUGGUACAACAUUUAAUAAUUCUUUUCUUCUUUCUGUCCAUCUUUCUGUAUCUCCAAUAACAACACUCGGAUAUUACGGUUCUCAGACUUUGCAUAUUCUGUGUUUCUGUAUCUAAAAUCAACACUAUGGGAUAUUUUAUGGUUCUCAAACUUUGCACAACAUUUAAUAAUCCUUUUCUCCUUCCUGUGCAUAGUAAGUCUUUCUGUAUCUCCAAUAACAACACUCGGAUAUUACGGUUCUCAAACUUUGCAUAUUCUGUGUUUCCGUAUCUAAAAUCAACACUAUGGGAUAUUUUAUGGUUCUCAAACUUUGCACAACAUUUAAUAAUCCUUUUCUCCUUCCUCUCCAUCUUUCUGUAUCUCCAAUAACAACACUCGGAUAUUACGGUUCUCAGACUUUGCAUAUUCUGUGUUUCUGUAUCUAAAAUCAACACUAUGGGAUAUUUUAUGGUUCUCAAACUUUGCAUAUUCUGUUUUUUCUGUAUCUAAAAACAACACGGUAGGAUUUUAUGGUGCUCAAACUUGGUACAACUCUUAAUAACCCUUUUCUUCUUUCUGUGCAUAGUAUGUCUUUCUGUAUCUCUAAAAACAACUCUUUCGGAUUUUAUGGUUCUCAAACUUACCUGAUAGUGUAGCGAAGUGCACCGCCCGUCCUCUCUCACUCACCCCUUCUUCCCACACCUCCACCACCACCACCACCUCCUUGCCCGCUGACAUCACCCUACUACUGCUGCUGUGCUGACCUGCUGACCUGCUACUGAACGGCUGCUGACCUGACCUGUAGGAACC